AUGAGGAAAACAUUGACAAUCAAUCAAGUCCAACCGCGCAUUAGAGGAUGGACAGUCGUCAUACAAGUCAUUGAACGAGGUCAUAUCCUUGUAAGCCAAAAAGAUACUUCCGUCUCUUACCGCAGUUUCCUUUUCUGUGAUGCUGAGGGCACUAAUGUUUCAGCUGUUGCUUAUAACAAUAACAUAAGGGCCGGUGCUAAUCUCCUGAUCCCAUUCAAGAUCUAUCGUGUCUCUGGUGCCACUCUGAAAAAAGUUGAAGACAAAUAUAGGGUGGGACCAUAUGACUUUUCUUGGACCAUCAACAACAAUACCCUCAUUCAGCCUUGUGAUGACGUUGUCCCGACCCACCUUUAUUGCCAUAUGGACACUGAAAGAUUUGCAAACUUACAUCGCUACGGGGACUCUGAAAACUUACAGAAUGUGCUUGGCGUUGUUAUUCAUGCAUUUGAACCAAAAGAAAGGGGCUUUGAUUCAGUCAUGAGAGACAUCGUGAUUGUGAACACUGAGAACAUGCCUAUGAUUUUAACCCUUUGGAAUGAGUUCGCUACAACAGAAGGUCAACAACUAGCCACUGGUAUCAACGCAGGAAACGUAAUCAUUGCAAUGCGUGUUCGGGUGACAACUUUCCAUGGACUCUCGCUCUCCACUAAAUCAACAAGUGCAAUUCUCAUAAAUCCACCGACACCCGAGGCAAAUGAGCUAAAGCAGUGGUACAUACAAAAUAGGUUGGAUAUUGAUAAUCUCAUUAUAGCCAGAGCAUUCACAGACCCUGCUGCAUUGCUUCCAAGGCCACAUGCUGAAAACAUCAUGAGUAUUGAAACUUACUUGAAUCCUGCUAACAAUGUCAAAGCUGCUUGGAUUCAAGGAAGUAUAACUUUGGGACUGGUCAACCAACCACUUUGGGCAAGAAUUCCAAUCUACAUUGAAGAUGAGACUGACACAAUUGCAGUAGUUGUUUAUGGGGAUGAUGCUGAAGAGCUUGCUGGGCGUACUGGUGCUGAGUUGAAAGAUGCUGAAGAAGAGGCCGUGGAUAUGCUCGGACCAAUUGGCGUGAGAAUUAAGAACCACCAUCUUGUUUGGUUAUGUGAGGCUGUACCACAGCAACGGGCCAAGCUAUACAAUUGUGAAGCUAUAUAUGGAUGA